UGCUGUCGUAAAUGACAAAGAAGAAGAAGCGCCGGGGAGUCCCUCAUCAGCGGCGAAUGAGAAACGUUUGACAUAAUGCCGCUUGUUUUCGUUUUACUGUGAAUUAAUUAGGAGUCAACAUCAUCAUGGCAGCAGGUCCAAUAGCUGAAAGAAAUCAAGAUGCCACGAUCUAUGUUGGUGGUCUUGAUGACAAAGUUUGUGAAGGACUUCUAUGGGAACUUUUUGUUCAAGCUGGUCCAGUGGUAAAUGUUCACAUGCCGAAGGAUCGUGUUACACAGCAACAUCAAGGUUAUGGUUUUGUUGAAUUUAUGGGUGAAGAAGAUGCUGAUUAUGCAAUAAAAAUAAUGAACAUGAUAAAGCUGUAUGGUAAACCAAUAAGGGUUAACAAAGCAUCAGCCCAUCAAAAGAAUUUAGAUGUUGGAGCAAAUAUAUUCAUUGGAAACUUGGAUCCUGAAGUUGAUGAAAAACUGUUGUAUGAUACAUUUUCAGCUUUUGGUGUAAUUCUUCAAACUCCAAAGAUUAUGCGAGAUCCAGAUACUGGUAACUCAAAAGGAUAUGCAUUCAUAAAUUUUGCAUCAUUUGAAGCAUCAGAUGCAGCUAUAGAAGCCAUGAAUGGUCAGUAUCUCUGUAACCGAAGUAUAUCAAUUAGUUAUGCUUUCAAGAAAGACAGUAAAGGAGAGCGACAUGGUACAGCAGCUGAACGUCUCUUGGCUGCACAAAAUCCAUUAUCUCAGGCUGAUAAGCCACAUCAGCUGUUUGCUGAUGCUCCUCCACCCCCAACCCAGUCAGCUCCUCCACCUCCUGCCCCACCUCCCCCACCAGCUUCAACUGGGGUGGUUACAUCAAAUGCACCACCUGGUAUGUCAGUACCACCUCCUGGUAUGCUUGUACCACCACCACCACCAGUUCCACCCCCACCAGGUACCUCUGCCUCAUUCCCUCCUCUUCCAAAUGCUCCACCAACAACGUCUGUACCUCCCCCACCAGGUUCUGCUCCUCCUUUACCCCCAGUUCCACCACCUCCUUCAAAGCCACCUCUUCCAGGGCAACCUCCUUUACCUACAUCAGGAUCACCAGCCCCUCCGGUUUCAUCUGCUCCCGUUUCAUCUAAUGCUGGGCCCAUGCCACCUUAUGGCCCAUAUCCACCUCGUCCUGGUAUGCCACCUCCACCAUGGCAAGGGGGCCCUGGAAUGCCCCCACCACCUGGAAUGCCUCCACCACGACAUGGCCCACCAGGAAUGCCACCUCCACCUGGAAUGAGACCUCCACCUCCAGGCUGGAGACCACCGCCACCUGGUGGGCCACCUGGAAGGCCACCAUUUGGAAGGCCACCAUAUCCCCCAAGAGGUCCACCAGGACCCCCACCUAUGCCAGGAAUGGGACCACCUAUGCGAGGAGGGCCUCCUUUACCACCAGGUCCACCCCCAUCAGGUGGCCCAAUGCCGCCAGGUCCACCUCCACCAAGGGGCAUGAGGCCACCUCCAGGUGGUCCAUCUGGGGGUCCUCCAGGGCCACCUGGUCCUCCAGGUCCACCACCACCUGGUAUGGGACCCCCACCACCACCACGUCCACCAUUGCCACCACCACCUCCAGGAGGAGAAAAGUAAAAUUUAUUAGGUUUUAGUGCAAUAUAUUCUUAUAUUUUCUAGAAAAUGUUUGCAAAUCAUGUUUGAUGCUGUCAGUCCUUGACUUUUGUUUAUUCAUCAGUGGUCAAAACAUUUUCCAUUUCAUGUCCUGUUCACUUACAAAGCUCAUGAUAAAUAUUUAGAUAUUGUAAGAGAAGAACCUUUUAUAUAUCUUUUGAUUUUGGUUAUUGUUUGACUGAAUUUCCAAAUCCUGUGUAUGGUUACAUAAUAGGUAGAUUUUAGAUAUUUAUGACCUAAAAACUAAACGUCAAUGAAUAACUUGAAAUUUUUAAGCAACUGUACUGAUAUUGUUUAGAGUAUGUUGCAUUAUUUAUUUCUUGACCCUCACAGUCCGGGCUAAUAUAUACCAAUGCACAUACUUUACACCCAUGACUGGGCUAAAUUUGAGGAUGGCCAGUGUAAAAUUAAAACUAAUAAAAACUCAUCAGUGGAAAGAGGAAGAUAUGCAUAUUCACAUAAUAUAAGAAAAAAAAAUCGAAAAAAAUGUAUAUUCUUUCUACGGAAAGUUGUAAGUGAAUAUUUCCCACCCCUUGCUAGAGACUUUAUCUUUUCUAAUAUUUUUUAUUUUAUUUUGUCAAGCUCAAAAAUAUCAUAAAACAUAAGAAAUAAAACUGGGAACAAAUGCCUAGCAUAUUAUUUAUUGUAAAAUAUUUAUGACGCAUCCUUGGUUGGAAAUUGUGCCGACAUUCCCCUUUACUACCUCAAGCAAGACUGAGGGCAUCUCAGCUCAUUCACACUCUUAAAGGGUGAUCUGAAGGGUUGCCAGUAGUGAUAUAUGGAAUUAGGGAACAUUUUUCCCACAAAAUUCGUUCAAACUGUUUGGUGCCAAACCAUCAUAUAUCUACGAUACCCAUCCACUGCCCCAAAGCUAUAUGUGAUCGUAUAUAUACAAUACCCAAGCUGUGGGGGUUUAACUGAAAUAUAAAAAGGCAACUUGGAAUACAUGCAUUAUGUGCUGUAACAGUUGUAAUCCUGAGGAGGGAUUAAGCGUAGAAGACAACGUCAUUGAUAUUUCCUGUGGAAGAGAUUGCUGCUUAAUAUUUUUAUUGCAUUUAUAAAUACAAAUCCACAUACUACUUGCACCUGAAUUUCUAUUUAGGUUGGGUGAAUCAAGUGCUGAAUAGUGUUUUCAUUCAUAUAUCAAAAGAUGAUGAGAAUUUGUUCUGAGUGUUAAUGCCUUUACAUUUUGAGCUUCAUUAUUUUUCUAAGUACCAUUGCAGGUUUACAGGACCUUUUCCUCCUGAAGUUGGUAAUUAGGUAUUAAUAAAGUAAAAGGAUUGUAUCUGUGAAAAAAAUUUGCUUUCAAUUUAUAUUUUUCCAGAAAUUCUCCGUGGUUUUUAAGAAGGUGGCAGUAAAGUGUAGCAUUUUCUAAGAUUGUUAUAAGAUAUAAUUUUUUUAAAAUAAAGAAUUCUUCAAAUUUAAUAAAUAUUUGCUGUAC